GAAACAAAAGCAUUAUCUUCACCUACAAACAAAAGGCAAAAGGAUCCCUUCCUUUCUCUUCUCGACGCCUCCAAAAGAAAAUCCAAAUUCCUUCCCAAAAUCUCACCUCAUUCUCUCUCUGGCUUCUCCACCUUAUAAAACCCAAUACCCAUUCUCUCUCCUCUCUCAUCUCUAACAACAACAACAACAACAAAAAAUGGCAGCUCCAGUUGUUGAUGCCGAGUACCUGAAGGAGAUCGAGAAGGCUCGCAGGGACCUUCGAGCUCUCAUCUCCAGCAAGAACUGUGCACCCAUCAUGCUUCGUCUCGCAUGGCAUGAUGCUGGCACUUAUGAUGUAAACACAAAAACUGGUGGCCCAAAUGGCUCUAUUAGGUUGGAAGAAGAAUAUACUCAUGGUGCAAAUGCUGGCUUGAAGAUAGCUAUUGAUCUUUUAGAGCCAAUUAAGGCAAGACAUCCUAAGAUUACAUAUGCAGAUCUUUAUCAGCUUGCUGGAGUUGUUGCUGUAGAGGUUACGGGAGGACCGACUAUUGAUUUCGUUCCUGGAAGGAGGGAUUCUUCUGUCUGUCCUAAAGAAGGGCGUCUUCCGGAUGCCAAACAAGGCCAUCAACAUCUGAGGGAUGUUUUCUACCGUAUGGGCCUCUCAGACAAGGAUAUUGUGGCGUUAUCUGGUGGCCACACUCUGGGAAAAGCUCAUCCUGAGAGGUCAGGAUUUGAUGGUUCCUGGACCAAAGAUCCUCUCAAAUUUGACAAUUCCUACUUUGUAGAAUUGUUGAAGAAUGAAUCUGAGGGCCUUCUGAAGCUCCCUACUGAUAAGACUUUACUUGAGGAUCCUGUCUUCAGACAUUAUGUCGAGCUGUAUGCUAAGGAUGAGGAAGCCUUCUUCAGAGACUAUGCAGAAUCACACAAGAAGCUUUCUGAACUGGGUUUUACUCCCCGUCGUGCUGGCUCAGCAAGCAAAUGUGAUGUGAAGGCUGGGGUGAUUUUAGCUCAGAGUGCUGUUGGAGUUGCAGUUGCUGCCGUUGUGGUGGGGCUCAGUUAUCUAUACGAAAUGUCCAAGAAAGCAAAAUGAACAAGUGUUUGGAUAGUUGAAGUAUUAUGUUGAAUCUGGCUUAUUAGAAACUGAAACAUACACCUAUUUGUAGAAAUAAAGAGACAUGCUGAUAUUCUUCAGCUACUGAUAAAUAGACGUAUGAUUGCUCGAAUGGAGUUGGUAUUGUGAAUGAUGAAACUCUUGAUUAGCAAAAAGAAUAAAAUUGAAGUUAAUUGGUAUGGUAGAA